AUGAAGCUGUCUCUUUCACUUGCAGCGCUUGCCGCUGGAGCUUUCCAGGUCGUUUCUGGCCAGACGGUGUACUUUGCUGACGCUGAUCAGAUGAAAGGUGACUCCACUAUGGCAAAGAAUGGAGCCAACGACGGUGUAACUGACGGCUGGGGUAACUACAUCGGCAAAUAUCUCAAGGUCACAGCCGUCAACAAAGCCAUCGGCGGCCGCUCAGCCCGCUCCUACACCAACGAGGGCCGCUUCACCGAGAUCGUCAACCUCGUCAAGAAAGGCGACAUCGUCGUCAUCGAAUUCGGCCACAACGACGGCGGUUCUCCCGAAAAGAACGACAACAACCGCUCCGACUGUCCCGGCGCCGGCACAGAAGUCUGCAUCUCCGACAAGACGGGCGAAAAGGUCUACACCUUUGUCUUCUACGUCUCGCAAGCCGCCAAAGCCCUCGUCGCCAAGGGCGCCACUGUGAUUCUCAGCUCUCAGACGCCCAACAACCAAUGGGAAACUGGAACGUUUGAGCCUGCUGCUCCUCGGUUCGUGGGAUAUGUUCCCACUGCUGCUAAGGCUCUGAACAGCCCUAGCGUUACUUAUGUUGAUCACUUUGCUGCUGUUACGAAGAUGUAUCAGAAGUUGGGUAAUGCAAAGGUUAACUCUUUGUAUCCUAAGGAUCAUACGCAUACUAGCCCUGAGGCUGCGGACCUCAUUGCGAAGGCUUUUGUUCAAGCUAUUGAUGAGGAGAUGAAUGGCAAGACUAGCCUGAAGCCAUAUAUCAAGACUCCUGUUACCAAGGUGUACUAA